AACACUUCAUCACAAUCUCGACAUCUAUCAGCAUCCAGUCUAAACACUAAAAAGAUCGAAGUAUCAAACUUGACCAAGAGAAAACAAUAUUGUGUUGUAGCUUAGAACUGAUAAGUCACACUUGAGAUGAUGGCGCCUUCGCGUCCGAUGACUAGCAUAGUACUGCUUGUGUGCACGUUGAUGGCUUUGCAGGCAAUGGCAGCGAGCGCCUACUACAACAACGGCAGCGAUGACGGCGUGACGAUGCAGAUGUUCGAGGAGUGGAUGGCCAAGUUCGGCAAGACGUACAAGUGCCACGGCGAGAAGGAGCACCGCUUCGGCAUCUUCCGCGACAACGUCCACUUCAUCCGCGGCUACAAGCCGCAGGUCACCUACGACUCCGCCGUGGGGAUCAACCAGUUCGCCGACCUCACCAACGACGAGUUCGUCGCCACCUACACCGGCGCCAAGCCGCCGCACCCCAAGGAGGCGCCCCGCCCCGUCGACCCCAUCUGGACGCCCUGCUGCAUCGACUGGAGGUUCAGGGGCGCCGUCACCGGCGUCAAGGACCAAGGCGCCUGCGGGUCUUGCUGGGCGUUCGCGGCGGUGGCGGCGAUCGAGGGGCUGACGAAGAUCAGGACGGGGCAGCUGACGCCGCUGUCGGAGCAGGAGCUGGUGGACUGCGACACCAACAGCAACGGGUGCGGCGGCGGGCACACGGACCGGGCGUUCGAGCUGGUGGCGUCCAAGGGCGGCAUCACGGCGGAGAGCGACUACCGGUACGAGGGGUUCCAGGGGAAGUGCCGCGUGGACGACAUGCUGUUCAACCACGCGGCGAGCAUCGGCGGGUACCGCGCCGUGCCGCCCAACGACGAGCGGCAGCUGGCGACGGCGGUGGCGAGGCAGCCGGUGACGGUGUACAUCGACGCGAGCGGGCCGGCGUUCCAGUUCUACAAGUCCGGGGUGUUCCCGGGGCCGUGCGGGGCGUCGUCCAACCACGCGGUGACGCUGGUGGGUUACUGCCAGGACGGCGCGUCGGGGAAGAAGUACUGGCUGGCCAAGAACUCGUGGGGUAAGACGUGGGGGCAGCAGGGCUAUAUCCUGCUGGAGAAGGAUAUCGUGCAGCCGCAUGGCACCUGCGGUCUCGCCGUCUCACCUUUCUACCCCACCGUCUAGUAGCUAGCUAGCCGGCCACCUCGUCGACCUCGAUUGCCACUGGCGUCGUCCUCCCCCUCUAGCAUCUUCUCUUCCUCUUAUCCCUCCCGUUAAUUCCUCACGUGGAAUAAGGAAUAAUUGUCGAGUUAUACGUACUUGCGUUUGAGAGAUUAAUUAAUGAAAUGAAUGCUUGUUUUUGUUUGUUU